UGCACUCUAAAAAGUACUUUGGGAUAAGAUUUUGGAAGUAUAGUUGAAGGAAUGGCCGGCCUUUCUCAAUAAUGCUGAAAAACCAUCACGUAGUCAAUGAUACCUGCGAUUCUCCAACCUCUUUGUCGACAGUGAUUCUCCGACUCAACAACUAUAUUGACGAUUCGUCGUCGGCGAUUCUUUGAUACAUCAAUUGUUUAGAUCUUAUGCAUGUUAUGGGUUUCCCUUGGGGAAUUGCAUCUCUGAAAUUCUUCUGCAUUCACAGUGAGAUGAAAAAGCCAACAUCUUUUAUUUUUUCUUUUUUGUAUGAUAAUGUAAUGUAGUGUGGGGGGACAUAAUACAUGUGGGUUGGUUUGUAUCAAUUCAUCAUUUUUCUUCUUUGUUGGAUUCCAUUUUUCUGUUUUAGACUAAAUCUUUUUUAAAGUAUUGUUUCUACUUGUGGAAUUCAUUCCACUCACAAAUCAAUCAAUGGAAGAAAUACAAUACAAUACAAUACAACCACAUAUUUCCUUCAUUCAUUCAAAUACAAACAUCAUCGCUCCUCAUAUGUUCCAAUUCCAUUUUUCUUCUUCUUCAAAUCAAACACCCAUAUUGGAGGUUUCUGCUUCCUCUUCAGCAAUGAUCUUCUCUAUUCGCACCGGUUUCUGCCUAUUUCUACUGGUGUCGGCAUUCAUGGUGUUUUUGGCUUACUACUUGAUCCCGGAUCCGGAUCUCCAUCCUCAAGGAUCUGAAGCUGACAAGGUGAUCCGUUUACCAGAUCAGCCUGAGAUUUACUUCCAACAGUUUUCUGGCUACAUUACUGUUGAUGAAGUCAACCAAAGGAGCCUCUUCUACUAUUUUGUAGAAUUUGAGGUUGAUGCAACAUCAAAACCUGUAGUCCUACGGUUAAAUGGAGGACCUGGCUGUUCUUCUAUUGGCCAAGGAGCAUUUGCUGAACAUGGUCCUUUUAAGCCCACCAAAAAGGGUGGUCUAGUAAAAAUUAGGUACAGCUGGAACCGAGUGACCAAUAUGCUGUAUUUGGAGUCCCCUGCAGGUGUUGGCUUCUCUUACUCCGCCAACACCUCUGAUUAUUUCAUGGUGACCGACGAGAGGACAGCAAGGGAUGUCCUUAUUUUCCUCCAAGGUUGGGUUACCAAGUUCCAAAAGUAUCAGAAUAGCGAUUUUUUCAUUACCGGAGAAAGCUAUAUGGGCAAUCCUCUUCUGGAAUUUACCACUGAUUACAAUUCCAGGGCUGAAUUUUUAUGGUCCCAUGGAUUGAUAUCCGUGGAAACAUACGGGCUGUUGCGGACUGUCUGCAACUACGCCCAAAUUAUGAGUGAAAACAUAAAUGGGACACUUAGUCCCAUUUGUGAUCGAGUGCUUUAUCAGUUUGCUUCUGAGGUUGGUCCAUUUGUUGAUUCUUUUAAUAUCAUUGAAGACAUUUGCCUCCCAUCUGAAUUUCAGUUGGUUUAUGAGACUUCAAUGGAAACUGGAGAGAAGAGAGAUGUAUGUGUGGAAGGUGAAACCUCCACAUACAUGAAUAGAAGCGAAGUGCAAGAAGCAAUUCAUGCAAAGCUGGUAGGAGUCACCAAGUGGACUACAUGUAGCGAUGUCCUCCUCUACAACUGGAAGAAUCUUGAGGAUCCGACUAUAUCUCUACUGGGGAGACUUGUUAGGUCCGGGAUACGAGUUAUGGUGUAUAGUGGAGACCAGGAUUCGCUCAUUCCAUUAACUGGGACAGAGUCUCUGUUAAAGGGGUUGGCCAAGGAUAUCGGUCUGGACAUUAGUGACCACUACAGGUCCUGGUUUGAUGGACCACAGGUUGCUGGAUGGACUGAAACUUAUGGUGACAUCCUCACCUUUGCAACCAUUAGAGGAGCGGGUCAUGCAGCCCCAACUUCUCAACCAGGGAGGUCCCUCCGGCUGUUUCAGAGUUUCAUAGAAGCAAAACCACUUCCAAGAAAUGAAUUGAAAUGUCUAGAGAGGAAAGAGGAGGAGCUUAGUGGGUUUCUAUGCCAUGGAUUGAAUGUUGUUAAAUGGGUUAUUUAUGUCAAGUUGCUGCAAGUGGUGAGAGAGACAUGAAGGAGAGUGAAAAAAUCUUGUGGUGAGUGUCUUUGAUAACAUCAUGGUCUAUAUUUGAUCUAAUGGUAAAAAGUAAGUUUUCCCAUGAUGGGAAACAACUUCCCUUUCCCAUACUAAACCACACCGUCAUUUGAAUAACAGUUGUAUCUCACGUUGCUAUCGAAUAUGCCUUUAUAAGCUAUAAACACAGCUUAUUCUCUUUCAUCUAUCAUUUAUUCAUCCAUUUACUCCCCUUAGAUUUCAUGAGACAA